AUGGAAAGUGGUUUCUCCUUGGCGCGGAGAGAAAAAGAAGAAGAAGAUUACAAAAAUGAGAAAUCUGCAGGGAUGAUGAAGAAAGUGAGCUACAUGGCUGCUCCAAUGGUGGCAGUUUCUGUCUCUCAGUAUCUCCUUCAAGUUAUCUCCAUGGUUAUGGCUGGCCACUUGGACGAGCUCUCUCUCUCCAGCGUUGCUAUUGCCACUUCUCUUACCAACGUCACUGGCUUCAGCCUCCUCGUUGGGUUUUCAGGUGCGUUAGAGACAUUGUGUGGUCAAGCUUUUGGAGCAGAGCAAUACAGAAAGAUUGGUUCAUACACUUACAGCUCAAUGAUAUGUCUUGUCUUGCUUUGUUUCCCAAUCUCUCUUCUUUGGGUUUACAUGGACAAACUCUUGGAGCUUUUCCACCAAGAUCCUCUCAUCUCUGAGUUAGCUUGUAGAUACUCCAUCUGGCUCAUACCGGCUUUGUUUGGAUUCGCUCUUCUCCAACCUAUGACUCACUAUUUCCAGUCACAAGGAUUGGUUCUUCCUCUCUUCUUGAGCUCUUUUGGAGCUCUCUGUUUUCACAUUCCCUUUUGUUGGCUUCUUGUCUACAAACUUAGAUUUGGAAUUGUCGGCGCCGCUUUGUCCAUCGGUUUUUCGCUUUGGUUCAACGUAGUUUUGCUUUGGGUUUUAAUGAGAGAUUCUGCUCUAUAUAGCGCAACUAGGAAUCUUCAGGCGCAAGAAAUCUUCUCAAGCAUGAAGCAGUUCAUCUCUCUGGGGAUUCCAUCUGCUAUGAUGAUUUGGUAA